GUCUUUUCUUCCUUCUUCUUUUCUUCUUCUUUUCUUUUUCUUUAUCUUCAUUCGGUUUUCCAAUUUCACGGAUAUCUCCUUUUCCCUCCCGACAAUCAGACGUUAUUGUUAACGACGGGGCAUGCGAUUGUAAUCCGCCUUCCCCUCUAUAUGAGGAAACCACUCAACGGCUUUCCAUAGUUUUAUGCUAAUCCAGCCUAGCCUGGGUCCGGAUUUCUCAUACUCGCUGUUCCUCAAAUGAUAGAAGACUCCAAACAGCUGGGAAAUGGAACAUCCAAUAUUCGGAUUCUUAAGAUCCUCCACAAUCAUUUAUUCUUAUCGAGUUUUCCAGCCGAACCUUGAGAAACCAACCUCGACGAUGACUAACCGUUUCAAGGUUCUGUGUGCUGCCAGGAAUGGCCCAUGACAGGUUACCCUUGCCAGCCUUUUGAGCUCGUCCGAUUGGACAGCAACUAGCUCAGCAAUGACGAAGGUGCCGUGACAGAAUGAAGAGCAUUCCAAGGAACCGGUUUUCAUGCAACAUUUACCUCUGCAGCCUCCAUACCUGCGCUGCAUAGGAAUGAUGUAUGACGAGUCUGACCUCACGAUGUCUGACCUGCCAUUGCCUCAAUCGCCAUCCGCCUGGUUUUGCCUCCAUCAGUCCAAGAAUCUCUAUCUCUAUAUAUUUACAUAUAUAUAAUCAGGCUCCAGGCUCCUGCCUUUUAUGCCCAAGGUGUUUAUAUCUUUUUACUCUAUUAUCUCCAUAUAACUAUUAUCUCCUCUUUUUAACUUCUGGAAAUUGGAUAUCGACAGUUCGCCCGUCAUGAUUGAACCAACCAAACUUGAUGCCUUCAGGCCCCUGUCUACAGUCGGCCCGAUCCCGACUGUUAUCCCGAACGAGCCAAUCUUUCAAGAAAUAGGCGGCACGGGCCAUCGAACAUUAUGGGUGGUUGCAAUCCUUAUGCUACUGUCCUCUCUUAUUUUCUAUAUCUUAGCUGCUCGAGCACCGGUUCAAAAACGCCUAUUCCACGUCCUUGUCUCGUUAGUGACGACCAUAUCCUUCCUCGCUUAUUUUGCGAUGGCCACAGGCGGCGGAAAGGCGUAUAACCAUGUUAUCAUCCACGAGCACCACAAAAAAGCCCCCGAUACCGUCCAACAUAUUUACCGUGAGGUGUACUGGGCGCGAUAUGUGAACUGGGGCUUGACGUUCCCAAUAAUUCUCAUCAUCCUGGUUCUUCUGUCCGGAAUGAACGGAGCCAGCCUUUUGGUUUCCAUCGCUGCGAACCUUGUCAUGGUUGUGACUGGGGCCAUCAGUGCAUAUGGAGGACCCACUGGUCGGAAAUGGGCAUGGUAUACGAUUUCGUGCUUGGCAUAUCUCACAAUCGUGUAUCAAAUCGGAUUCAACGGCCGCAGGGCAGUUGCAUCAAAGGAUAAUAAGACGAAAACGCUGUUUGGGUCGCUCUCUGGCGUUGCGCUAGUUGCCUUGCUGGUCUACCCAAUAAUCUGGGCUGCUUCCUCAAACGCUCGUCGCAUGAGUAUUGACGCCGAGGUCGUUACCUACGCCAUUUUGGACAUCCUCCUUCAGGGCCUUUUCGGAUACUGGCUCCUCAUCUCCCACGAUAGCAUGUCAGCCUAUUCCUUGAAUAUGGAUGGAUUCUGGGCCCGGGGCGUCGGAACUGAAGGAACCAUUCGAAUCGGUGAUGAAGAGGGAUCCUAAGCGCCAGUAUUUUUACGGACGUGAAGCAGGCUCGACUAUUCGUGCCCACUAAUUAAAAUGUCCCGACGAACAUCGAUCUCGGGCGAUAUCUCUUGUAUGCAGGCGCGGUAAGGCCUUCUAGGAAACUCUGACUAACCACAGGGGGCUUGACUGGUAGCCAAGUCUCCUCCACUCUCUUGCUCAAUUCUCUUUUUUUUGUUUUGGAAGAAUUAUAUGACAAUUUGGAAAUCUUCUCGCUUGUUUCCAAUUGGUUGCCAUCACAAAAGUACGUUUUGUGAGCAUAUUUGUCUAUUGACAAGCUUAUUUAUGGUGCAUUUUAAGGUAUCUUUGGAAAAUUGCUUAGCUAUCGGUACCUAAAUCGUGUCAUCAUGUUCAAUAUCUAGCGGGCUUAGCUAUAACAAUGAGAAAUGUUUGGGAAUCCGUUUUGUAGCUAUCUGAUACGUGCAACGUGGUGAGUGGCAUGUAGGUGGCUACCAAGCGGAUUAGUCAGCGCCUAGCCUUCUUCAGCGACGAAAACAACCUCCGCCGCUGCUGUGGUUUGACGUCCUCCUUGAAUAUAUCCCUCGAAUCUGCAGCGCAUAGCAUGUUCCCAUCUAUCUGCUUACCCUUACCCUUGUGCGUAUUGUCUGCAGUUGCAGAGGAUUUGGCAGCACUCGUCGGACUGCCCACAGACGCGUGAGGAUUGGGAUAGGAGAAAUUCGGCGUGGCCACAGCGGUGUCUUUAUGCGGAGCCGCUGCUUUUGAUUUCCCGGCCGUUGUUACUGAUACUGCUGUCGCUGUUGUUGUAUUUGCUGCUGUUGUUAUUGCUGUUGAUUUUACUGAGGAUGCUGAACAAUAUGCUGGCGUAUGGCUCGCGAGCUUCUUCCUCUUUGACCAGUGGUCAAUCAGCUUGAUCUCGCCAUGCUUGACCCGUCGAGCAGCGAUAGCCUGUUGAGACAGAAGUUUCGGCCAAGAAACAACGACUUGCUCGCGCAUUCGCUCCGGCAAUGUAAAGCCUGCAUCGACACAAUCGUUCUUGAAACUGAUCAAGCGGAGGCGGUGCGGGUUAAAGAGAUGGAAGGGUUCCGCGUCGACGACAAAACCGGUGAGGGUGAGUUUAACAACUGGUAGUAGAUUUAGGGUGCUUCCCAUGCGAGCCGCGCGAGCCUUUGCGUGCACAAUGGCGUAUUUAUCCAGGUAUUCGCCGAUACCGACUCGGCGGUGCAAAAUACCUUUUCCAUCGUCGCCACUGAAAGAGGAGAAUAUAAACACUCCUUAGAAAUACUUUCUUUCUAGACUAUUUUUGGAGACAGCUAUUUGUUGAACACAAAUGGCAACUUACUAGUAUGAGCCCUGCUCUCCGUCGGGCUUUCUCUGUUGAACCCAGCCCCCCUUAAUGUAUGGCCACCCAGAAAAGGCGCGACGAAUGCACGGCUCCAGCGCCAUCUCCAGCUCCAACGUCUCAAGACCAGGGUUUAACCAAGCAGCCUGCCAGAUGUACUUUUGGUAUGAUUGGCUCAUCCCGGCGAGUUUCAAGAAACGCAGAUUGCGGAAAUUGCACAGCGGUGCUAUCGCUUCGACAGGGAGUAUGUCAUCGUCAUCAUUGUCAUCAGUGUCAUCAUCGUCCGAGAUGGUGAUCUCGUACUCGUCGUCAAAGGGGUUGAGUAUUUCCUCCUUCGCUUCUCCCUUGCGCUUCUCACUUUCGUCCUCCUUUUUCAUUUUACCUUUCUCGUUCCUCUGACCCUUUAUUUGCUCCUUGCCCUUUCCCUUUUCUUUUUUCCUGCUUCCCAUUACAGCCGGCCAGAAAAGAUCAAGAUUCAAGGUGUCACAGUUCAACUCGAACCGAUUCCAGCUCUCACCACCCAUAAACAAGUGGACAAAAUCCCCGCUCCAGCCACUGUCAGUGGGCCGGCGUGUGGCAGUGGGCAUAACCCCAGCCGGAACAGUAGCGUGAGCCAAAUGGUUCGACGAGUGCAACGAUGUCACUUGAUUUCCAGCUCCAACAGCCGUGCGUUUCUUGCCGCUGCUGCUUCUGCUCCCAAACGCAGAACGCAGUAACCCGACGCUGCUGCAAUUGAUACUAUCCCCAUCCUCAGCGUCCCCACCAUCAUCGGCCUCGCGCGGGUUACGAAAGUGAAUAUUUCCCGCAAAUUUCUUUGCUGGAAUUGACGCGAAGUGUUCUUGUGCUGACAUCAUGCUUGCCGGUGCUGACGGUACAGGUGUGUUAUCGUCGAUGUUUAGGUUAACUUUUGGAGCUGGCCCGAGUCCUAGACACGCUGGAGCAUCACUCAUGCUACAACGCCGCUGCUUCUUAGAAGCUGAGGUUGAAAUUGAAAUCAACGUGGGUUCUCUUCUGCCGCUCUUUCUCUCCGGGCUCGUGCUCGCGUCCCUCAUGUCUGAUAUGGUGAUUUUGCUCCACGGGAAAGGCAGCAAGGAGCUUGUUGCAACUGUAUUGUUUACCAAUUAGUAUCAUGGACGGUAUAUAUACUCUACACUUCAAGAAAGUAGGUGGAAACAACAUGGUGCACGUCAUAGAGUGAAUUGAGUCGUAUGCUUAUAUCAAGAGUACAUACUCGACUGUCUCCUGGUUUCCGUGUCUCCGGCUCUUCCCCCUUUCUCCCUCCUUUUAUCUUUAUCUUUAGCUUUGGCCCCAAUGUCGAGGUUGGGGCUAAUACGAUUCGUCGUGAAAUCGAUGUGGGCUCCAUCGCCUUUCUCAUCACCAUCAUCAUUCUCAUCGCUCGAGUCGCGAAAGAAACUCCUCCCUGAAACGUACCACGCCAUGCUUAUUUGACGGCCCUUGCUAUGUCUAUGUCACCUAUGCUGGUUGUGUGUUGAUUUCGAGUGAAGCUUUUAUGGGUGAUGUAUGACAACAAGCAUCGAAGGCAGAAAUGGAUUGCAUCGAGCUAAGUUGAGUUCCAAAGAGCAAUACAUGUUCAGGGUGAAUGGGUGAAGGUGUUGCUAUAGUGACUUGCUUCUCCAGAGCUGGCAUGUUGUUGUUCUGCUGGCGAUGAGAUGCGAAUAGAGAGAAAUCCUAUAUACAUUCUGUUCUUCCAUUUAAGAAAUACUAUCAAAAUACUUCAUUCUCAUUGACUCGAAGUGACUAAUUAACUAUCCCAAUGGCAUAUAGAUGAAUCCGCCUGCAAUCGCAAUAUAUGUUCCGUUCAUAGAAAAAAAGGAACCUGAGAUACAUGUCGUACGAUACGUAUAGACGCACCAUCCUUUGUCUGCAGAAAAGCUCAUAGGAUUCAUUCAGUACAAACUGCUUAGACAUUGUCUAGUUAUGAAUUCGCGGGGUCAUAUCCGUUGGCGCAUUGCAUAUAACCAACCAACCCCUUGAGAAGAACAGAUAUCUAACCCAUCAGCACUUGCAGCCCACUCCUCUCUCCGAAAUACCAUUGUCUAAAUGGAAGCGAGAUACAUUCUGUCUCUAUUUCUAUCAGGGAAUCCAAUUUGUCUCCACGCUUGAAAACACAGCGCAGUAGCCGCUCGUAAAGGGGGCCAGCCGGGUAAGGGCCGGUUUGGCAUUUGAGAGGGCUGCAUGCUGAUAAACGCAAAAUGGUUGUCUCGCAGACGGUCUUAAAAAGACAUAUUUAGGCGUAAACAGGCAAAAUAACCCCUCUCUGAAAAGCGCUGGACUCUGGUUCUCCUUGAAUUGCAUACGCUCGUUUGCCGAGGUGCGGAAAAUUUACCAAGUUGAGUCGCUCCUGUUAAUCGACCGUUGUCUGUGUUGCUCGGGAGAAGCAGAACGGGUAAACAUUCAUCUCCCAAGGUAUACAUAUAUAUAAUAUCGAAAUGCGUAUCGCAAGAAGGGAGGGUAGAACACCAAGAAGAAAUUAAUUUGUACCCGGCUACUUUUUGUGGAAUGCGUAGUGUACCUAAUCAAAUGCGAUCAUUUCUUCAUCUCAUGGAAUCGUUUUUUUCAGAAAUGUAAUUUUAUCCACAUCCACGAAAUUUCGACUCAAUUGAUAAACGAAUCAAUUAAUUCGUAAAAUGACAUCAACGCAAAAAAACAAAGCACAAAUAAGAAACGCC